GUCAGCGCGUCAGCUGUUUUGUGUUUACAUCGCGUCGCUCUUGUGUUUGUUUGUUGUUGUUCUCCGCAGCGAAGUUGAGCUCCGUUGUUUUCUGCGCCCAGGAUGUCGUAGCCGAAUCCGGAAAGUACGCGGCCGCGCAGUCGAUGGACAGACACGCCGCUGUUUCGCAUGAAACAGCUGCUCGUUUCCGCACGACAGUGAAAGGCCUCAAGCAGGUCAGACCCUAGACUCUCGCUCUCCUUUCACCAUGGGUGGUGCUGUCAGCGCUGGAGAGGACAAUGACGAGCUGAUCGACAACCUGAAGGAGGCUCACUACAUCCGCUCAGACCUGGUGGAAAGGGCUUUCCGAGCCAUUGACCGAGCCGAUUACUAUCUGGAGGAGUACCGGGACAGUGCCUACAAAGACUUGGCCUGGAGGCAUGGCAAUCUCCACCUUUCUGCUCCCUGCAUCUACUCUGAGGUGAUGGAGGCCUUGGAGCUGCAGCCUGGCCUGUCCUUCCUCAAUCUGGGCAGUGGCACGGGCUACCUCAGCACCAUGGUGGGCCUCAUCUUGGGUCCGUUUGGGGUGAACCAUGGCGUGGAGCUGCAUGCGGAUGUGGUGGAAUAUGCCUACCAGAAACUGGACUACUUUAUUAAAACCAGCGACAGCUUUGACAAGUUCGAGUUUUGUGAGCCCUCCUUCGUGGUUGGGAACUGUCUGGAAAUCCCCCCAGAGAGCCGGCAAUAUGACAGAGUCUACUGUGGGGCUGGAGUUCAAAAAGAGUAUGAGAACUACAUGAAGAACCUGCUGAAAGUUGGUGGGAUCUUAGUUCUCCCUCUGGAGGAGAAGCUGACCAAGAUCACCCGCACGGGUCAGAACACCUGGGAGACCAAGAAAAUCAUCGCAGUGACUUUUGCUCCGCUGGUGCAGCCCAAACAAAGCAUCAACGGGGGAGGCAGGAGUGUGCCCCUGCCUGUGUUCGAGGUGCGAACGCUGCAGGAUCUGGCGCGGAUCUCCAUCCGACACACCCUACGGCAGCCUACGGCGGUGGCGGAGGGCCGCACCAAGCGACGGGUUUCUUUCCCCGGCGCUCGCGCGAUGCACCGCUACGGCCCACGUUUUGAGCGGAGACGCUUCUGCCGACGCUUCUACCGCCAGUGUGUCAACUCUGUGGUGAUCCACGACUCCAUGAUCCCUACAGCGGCCAUGGACGAGUGCCAGUACCCGGGCGGGGUGGAGGAGGAUGAGGAGGAGGCCAAGGAGGAAGAGGAGAGGGGCUGCCGCAGGGCAGGGGAAGACCUGCCGGAGGAGGAUGAGGAGGAGACCACCGGAGACGAAGACGAGAAGAGCAAGAGCGGCUGCGUGAGGGCGGAGCCGCCGGUCAACGUCUUGAGGGAGAGGAUCCUGGGACUUCCUUUGCCCGAGCCGCUCAAGAUGUACCUGCUGUAUUACCGUGACAAAUGAGGUAUUACUGUGACGUCUGAGGUGAUUUGAGAUUCAACAGCCUUUCGCAUCCCCACUCCUCCGCUAACCUAAGCAACCCCAGCUGGACUAAUCCUUCGGUUAUGGUACUAUAACUGUCCUUUGUCCUUUAAAGAAGCAAGGCUAGAUUCUGGAGUCACAAAUGAGAAUUGAAGUGGGUUUCUCUACCGUCUUAGAUUUGUUUGAGCUCAUUUUUGAGCCUCUUCUGAGAGCAUUUUCUCAUUUUAGCAGUAUUCCCCUCUCCAGAUGCAGUGAAAUAUCAAAUAUCAAAUGGAUGUACAUGUACAUGACCUUCACGGUGCUGUCACAAGAUUUUGGGUGAGAUUAGAGCUUGUUGCAGUGAAAUGACUGUGAGUAGCAUCGCUUUGGCUGGACGUGAAGGACAAAAGCCUCGUUAUUUUUCUAUAGCUUUACGAAAGACCCCAAAGUCGGCCCUCCACUGUUGAACUUCUUUUUCCUUGCCUACUGUGUUCUCUCUUCAUAAGGUACUGGAUGCUGUUUGCAUGUGUUGUGCUAUUGUGCACCUGCAUUUUGUCAGUAUUCAAGUUUGUGGUGAUGCGUUUCAACACUUUACACUGUGUAAACCAGAUUACCACCUGGGGGUGACGCUACAUUUGACACGGUCAUUGUAAUGUCCGGUUACCCCGGUAAGGACGUGCACAUCACAGUUCCUAUCAACUGAAUUGAGUACAGUGCCCCAAGGUCUCUCCACAUAUUCAUCCAAACUGAAUUACCAAAAGCUUUAUAAUUGUCAACCUGAAUGAUCAAGUGAUACUGUCCAUUUACCAGGAUACAUCAGUUGUUUUUUUUUUUGGUCUACUCUGCAUUUGCAUUACAUCAUAAAGUCAAAGUUACUUUUUAAAAAAAGAAAUGAGAAAUGAUUUUGCUCAGAAAUCUGUCCCUACUCAGGAAUAUUGCAAGGUUCAACCUUUUUUUUGGAUCAUAGGCAGUUACAAAGACCAAAAAUUGUCAUAUUGAUUUUUUUCCAACCAAAAAACAAGAAAAAACAAGAAUGCUUGUUGCAUUGUUUUGUACUAACCUAAUUGUAAAAUAGGUUCUGUGAAUGAUGCCCAGCUAUGAGCAUCAAAAUUAUAAGGGAUGGAGAAAAUCCCAGGCCUCUACUCACCAGACUGGGUUUCUUUAAAAGUGCUUUUCCUUUACCUUUCUUUGAUAAUGGACAGUGAGACCAAUGCUUGGUGGCCCUUAAAACCAAGAUGUCAUCAUUAAUAAGUUGUGGAAACAUGUUUAAGGUAACAGCAUAUCUAAACGAUAGUUUGAAAUGAUUGUAUGCUUUUAGGUAAUGUAUAGAUCUUUCAAUAAAUUUCCAAGUUUGCACAUGCACUUCGGA